CCUGGCUGUCACGUGUCAUGUCUGUCAGAUCGAAUAUUGCAUUUGGCUUGUGUUAGGGUAUUUACGAAAUAAAAAUACUUAAGUUGUACCUAUUCUAACUAGAAGUUUUUAUCUAGAAAGUGCUUGCAAUCAUGAUAGAAGAAGACAAUAAAACUGUGUGGUGUGGAAAUUUACCAGAACAAGUCACGGAAGAAAUACUAUACGAAUUAUUCUUACAGGCAGGACCCCUAGAAAAGGUUAGAAUACCGCGAGAUCGAGAUGGUCGACAAAAGAAUUUUGCAUUCAUCACAUAUUGUCAUGAAGUUUCCGUGCCUUACGCAUUGAACUUGUUCAGAGGGACUUCUUUAUUUCAUCGGACACUUACGCUGCAGAGUCGAGGGCGGAUGGUAACAUUGCCACCGCCUAUAAGAUGCUAUGGAUUGGAACCACCUUUAGAAUUUCCUCAACAGAGCAAUAUUGCCCAACAAUUUGUUGAAAUGGCAGAUCAUUUGAAAGAAGAAGAUUUCAAGUUGCCUAAUCGCCAAGCAAAUGACUCUACUGAUAGAUUGGUUGUUGCUAGUUUACAGGGUAACUGGUCCCAUCGCCACCAUCCCUACAGGUCCAAAGACAUUUCACUUAGAGAUGAUUACAGACCAAGCAGAAAGCAAGACAGUAAAGGCAAAUAUUCAUCAAACUGGAGAGACAGGAGGAAUAAGAAAAACAGCUACCACAGAUAAUAUUUUCAUUUGGGCAAAUUCAAUUGUACAUAUUUUUUUAAUUACCUUUUGUCUUUUUAAAGAUGUUUAUGGUAGGUAUAAUACAAUGUAAUAUUUCAAGCAGUUUGAAAUGACAAUUUAAUUGAUGUCACUUUGUUAAUUAUUUUGAUAAUGAUUACAUUUCCAAAUCCCAUUCACUAUUCCCAAACUGCCUUUAUUUUAAAAAGCUAACAUCUCAAGCAAACAUGUUCAUGUCAGAGCAGAAAAGUAAGUAAAAUCAACAAUGGAUUGAAUUGAUAAACACGUUAAACUGGGGAUUAUAAUGAACAUGUUGUGUAAGGUGUCAGCUCUACUAUAAUAGCUUUACAACUAUCAUUAUAAUUAACAAUGAAAUUUUGAUACUUAGGAAUCUUGAUUCUUUCAGCUUUAUCCGAAGUGCUUCCAUAAAUUCGGAUAUGGACAUAGAGACGUUGCUUGUCUCAAGUUAUAAUAAUAUUAUCUUAGUCAAUAAAAAAGUUUUCUUUAAAAACUUAUCUUGUUUAUUGUUUUAUAUUUCUUAGCUAAUAGGACUGACCAAUAUGCUGUAUAAAAUAUUGUUACAUCUGCAGUUCUGUGCAAAAAAGUGUCUAAUUUUAUACACAUUAAAAUAUAUUAUUAAUUAUACACAUUAAUAUAUUUCUGAUCAAUUGAUACAAAAUUGAUAUUUGUAUUUUUUGGCUAGCAGGAACACUGACACCCUUUUUUGUAAAAUAAGACGGCAAAAUUGUAAGGAACUGAUUUAUAACAAGGAUCUAUAGAUUUGUAGAGUUUUCAAAUAAAAGUGUUAAUAUCGCUA